AUGAAGUUUGGCAGGUUUUCUAGCUUGCAGGUAAAGGGUUACAGAGUCUAGGAAGUAUUAAAUGCAAACUUUAAAGGGUUUUAUUUUCAUCUGCCGUCACAUGACUCCUGGGUGCCCAAUGACACUCGCGACAGUGUCUCUCAUUAGGAGGUCAUGCAAACUCCUGCCUGCUAAAGGAGGCAUUUGUUACAUAUUUAGCAUUCAAAUGCAGAAGCCGGGCUUAAGCCAUGGGAGAUCCUAAUCAGCAGCCAGCUUCGUUUCCCCAACAGCACAGAAGCUGCAGGGGGCAGAGAACUCUUGUGUUAGGCCUUCAGUGGACUCUCCAAGUUCCCCUAUUUUCUAAGGACAGUCCCAGAUUUACAGAAGCCAUCCCGGUUUCUGCUUUGAUCCUGGAAUAUCCUGCUUUUCAUUAGGACGUCCCUAUUUUCAUCAGAUAAAUGUUGGAGGAUAUGAAGUUAAUCUGACCCCUGAGCCACCUGAAGGCAGUCUUGUAUAGGAAAGAUGCCUCUGCUCAGCCAGAAGUUAAAAUCAUGGUCCUUCAACUCUCGCUGAUUUAUUGAUAAUUAACAAAGAAGAAUCCAGAUGGGGUGCAGGUGCUGUAAAAUGAUACAAAGCUACAUCUUUGAACCCCAAGACGUGCCAACCUCUGGGUACAUUAAUGAAAUAAACAACUACAAGUCUGAUGAGCUAGACGGAGGGAAAUUCAAAUGCAAGCAGAACAACGACAUCCAAGUGCACAAAAACGAGCUGCAGACGGGAGAAUUACAAACAGCAGCAAACAGGCACAAAUUAAACAACAAUAAAGAUGGCGUUCUGAACCACAGAAGCAGUGCUCUUCGUGAUGAAGGACUUGGGAAUCUUGCCGAAAAGUGCCGUUUCAAUGUCAAUGGGAUCCAUUCCCAUUCCGGUGUGAACCUUCAUCCCAAUCCCGGCACAAACCGAAACAAAGAGAUCAGCACGCACACCUGCUCUGCUCAGCGAGCCGAUUUUUCAGUCCAAGGGUUGCCUCAGCCAAGCACAUGCAAUAACCAUGAGAUUCCGGAAACUGAAGAUCUCACAAAGGUAUCUUCAGAAAAAGGAAGUGCCCUAUAUGAGGAAUCUCAGAGCGCUCCAGGCAAUGACACGCACUUCUUGCCUGGACCCACUGAUGCUGGAAAACAGAGAGCUGCUGGAAAGGAGAGUCCAUCAAAUAACCACGCACAUACAGGCCAAAGCACAGAACGCACUACGUCAAGCAGUCAGCAGGACCUGCCAUUAGGUGAAUCUAAAAGCUGGGAUUCAACAGACAAAGCCUGUAGGACAGGCCCGUCAAAUGUGUGUUUCAAGGACAAUGUAUCUGACGGCAUCCCGUCUCCAAGAACCAAGGCGGAUGCGGUGGUGCGAGAAGCUAGAUUUGAUUGCCAUAAUGACAUUAAUGGCCAACUGGAGGAGGAGGUCGAUGCCGAAGUAGCAGAGGCUCUCGCAGCCCUGGAGGCUGCUACGGCAGGAGAAGAUUUUGAGGAGGAAGAGGACUAUUAGGUGACAACCAAGACGCCAGUAAUAAGCCUCACUUCUGGGGCUGCGUGAAAUGCUGCAUUUCCGAGGCCUGCCACCGUGGGUGUAAUCCUUUGCCCAGGACUCCCACAAAUAGCAGAGGGGGAUAUAUCACUAGGCCAGGUGAGCUAACAGGAGCGGCCAGUGCCAUGCCCGGUGCAUUGCACCUUUUUCAGGAAUAAGCUGGUAUAUCACCAUUAACAUCAGCCCGUCUAAUGCUUAUGUACCAGCCCACCUGCGCCCUGAGGUACCUGCUACUGCCAGCCAAGGCAGUCUCUCUUGUUUGCCAACGUGACCACUCUGACUGCUAUGAAUGCUGCCGGGAAUAGUUACCAAAUAUGUCCCCACUCUAGUGAGAAUAUUGCCCUCUGGGUCAAGUUUGCUUCCAACUGGAGGAAAAGGAGUACGGUAAAUAUUUGGUUAAGGAAAGCCCCAAGCCUCUCUUUAGUCCAGUCACCAAGGAGUAAUACUGAUCUCUCAAAGAAGCCAGUAUGUUGAAGGUUUGUCCUAUACAGGGCCUACCAGGGCUUACACGGUAGGCUGUGCAAAAUGUCUCAAAGCAAACAAAGUGGCAGUUUUAAACAGAGCUCUCUCAAAACUGCUGCUCUCUGUGGGAUUUUUCAGCAGUCCCAAACGUGCCUUGCCUUUUUGUCUCGCGCUCCAGGUAAAAAUGUUUGUUUGCUUGUUUACGAGGACACGAGUGACAUCACCAGACAGCCAAACCCAACUGAAUGCGCCAAUUUACGGUGUCAUCACACUCGCUGCUCAGUCACUAAUGACUAACUCACGAAAGCUGGAAGCAGCCGCAACCAGGGUGCCCAAAGGCAUCAAGUAUAUGAAUGGAUAUUUGAACGGUCUAAGGCUGCCUUCACCUGAUAGUUUAUUCCACUGCCCUGACAUUUCCCUACGGUAACUGUUAAUUUACACAUUAUAUUUGAGCUUUCACAUGAUGUAAAAGCCACUUCUGGAGAACCAAUAGAAUACGGUGCAUGUUUAGUGCUCAUUUCUGUGUUACUUGAUUCCAGGAAAAAAUAUGUUGGAGGCCCCUUAAGCUGGAAAAUGUAAAGUGACAAAACUUGGGCUGGUAUGAUGGCAUACAGUUGUUUCCAGCUGUUGUCAAAGAGGCAUCAUGGGGGGACAGAAGCACACGUGUGGAAAGGCUGAGGGGGUAGACAUUGUCCAACAAUAUUCGUUGUUGUGCCAAAGUAUGUUCACUGGUGUGAAUGAAAUUUAGCGUGACAGUCAAAGAGCCACAGUUCCAUAACAUAACAGGUGCUGCCGUGUGAAAGGAACAUUCGAAAAUGGGACACAAGUGCUGGCAUUAUAAUCAGGAAAACUUAUACAAUAUUCCCCACAACCAAAUGCACGCAAAGUAUGCUUUGGGGAAAUUUCUGCCACAGUGAAAUAGUAGGUGCUUGGCUGAUUGCUACACAAAAAUCAGGGCUGGAGACAUUUAGCUCCGCUCUAGUGCCAUGUAUUUUUCCCCCAUAAAAGUACUUUUGUUAAAAAAAAAAUCUUGAUUAAACAUUUAUCUUGAACCACUGCCUACACAUUCCCAGUUGGUCUCAAAGUAUCAAUCCAGCUAAUUAUGCGCUACAGAAGUUCCACCCAAUUGCAUUCUCCUUUCUGCUGAUUUCUAAUGGCGCUUCCCAUUCUGUUGGGAAUGUGUCUUCGUGCAGCAGCAAGUGCCAUUGAGCCACUUAAGUUCCUUAGGGCUAAUGAUGGCAAGCGUUAAUUCUCGGCAGUGCCAGAAACGAGCAUUCCAGUAAGCUCACGAGAUCCGGAAUGAAACAGCCCAAGCCCGAGGUAUUUUCAUGUGGCAGUUAAGUGCAAAUUAACACGAAACUCAAAAUGUCAGAUGGUUGCACAGGGCUGGUUUGCACAUGCAUUUUGAUUUCGGAUGUCCUUAUCGCUCAGUGCGCUCACGGUGGAAUGCCUCAAAGGACUCCGUCCGAGAGCAUCAUUUGGGACGAUUUGCAAGCUCUGCCUCCAGUGUGUGUUCGAUCAUUCACACAUGCAACUGUACCAAUACCAGCAAGCUGCAGAAUCACGGUGCCUGUCGACCACGGGUGCUGCUAAGUAGCCCACUUAAAAGUCUUGGGAUGUAGCUGUAUGACACAGCUCCUCAAAGAAGUUGUAUAUGCUAAUUUAUAUCUAUAGAUGACUGGGGGAUUAAAUGGCAGGUGACUGGAGUCUCACCUAGCCCCCCCUAUAAGCAAAUGUUUUAAAUUGAGUUUUAAAGGGGGUGGGUGGGUGGAAGGGAUAGAUGAUCUGGGGCCCACCACAAAAGACCCAUUCCUCAGACCACCCCAUCCCCACCCCCCACCCCGGGCCACCCCCUAUCACCACCCCUGUUGUCAACUGCAGAAACAUUCCCAGAAAAGCAUUUUUAGACACUUUUAUUGAAAUUUAAAUAUAACAUGACAAACAGAAACAAACAUUUCAGUAAAGCAAGAAUCAAUGGAGAACAAGAAUUUGGCACUUGUGUCAAUUACAAUAAAAUGUGUACAUCUCAGGAUAUUUUCCUCUGGGCAAUCCUUAGAAUGCUCUCCCCCCCACCCCAACACUGUUGUGUCCCAUGGCAGUGCCUCCCCCUCUGAAAUAGUCCUGUUUAGGGCCAACUAAAAUACAUUAUUUUUAACAACAACAAUAAUAAUAAUUUAUUAUUUAUAUGCCGCCCCUCUGAUUGGGUUGUCCUAUGGGCUGCUUCCAGCAAAUUAAAAUAUCAAACACAGUAAAACAUCAAACAUCAAAAACUUCCCUAAACAGGGCUGCCUUCAAAUGUCUUCUAAAAGUCAGAUAGUUGCUUAUUUCCUUGACAUCUGAUGGGAGGGCGUUCCACAGGGAGGGCACCACUACCGAGAAGGCCCUCUGCCUGGUUCCCUGCAACCUCACUUCUCACAGUGAGGGAACCACCAGAAGGCCCUCGGCGCUGGAUCUCAGUGUCUGGGCUGAACGAUGGGGGUGGCCGAGGCCGUUUAGGGCUUAAAAAGUCAGUGCCAACCAAUUGUUCCCGGAAACGUACUGGGAGCCAAUGUAGAUCUUUUAGGACCGGUGUUACAUGGACCCGGCAGCGGCUCCCAGUCACCAAUCUGGCAGCCGCAUUCUGGAUUAGUUGUAGUUUCCAAGUCAUCUUCAAAGGUAGCCCCACAUAGAGCGCAUUGUAGUAGUCCAAGCAGAAGAUAACUAGAGCAUGCAGCCUUGCACCUGGCCCUUUCCCUUUUCAGAACCAGGAAAUAUCCCUAUCCCCCGGAAACAUUACUUCUGUCUUAUUGGGGUUCAAUCUCAACCUGUUGACCACCUCCCAGUUUUUUAAAACUGCCAGAAGUUUAGGCAUGUUAGUCUCUGUGUAGCAACAAUCCUAUCGAAAAGGUCUGGGGGCCAUUUUAAAGAUGAACCAGCUUGGGAAGAAUGGUAAGCAAUAAGUUUAGAAGCCAAGAGACAAAGGUAAAGCCGAUUUGUCUGAACUCUCCUGCUCCCUGAUUUGCCCGGUUUCUCUCCCUCCUCCCUCCAUGGCUUCUGCAUCAAAAUGGGGGUUGCUGACCAGCAAAGUAAGCGAGUAGGCAAGGACAAGCAGGGUGUCCUGAUUAAAGCAGCCUCC